ACGACUGGAUUUAGGGCAUUUACGUAACAGUUGAUUUCACACGCAGGCUAAGUUUCGUUUCCCGGUGCUGUGUUUACUUUCGUUUUCCAAAGCUCACGCCGAGCACAGACAGCUAACAGCAAAACAAUGCAGAUGUCACGACGCAGCAUGGCACUUGUUCCCCGAUGGUCCUCCCGUGUUUUCUCCGUGGAUGUGGACGGAGGGCCAGUCUACUUUCAAAUUCAAAACAAACACCCCGGAAGAGGAGGAAAGACAGUGAAGCGGUUGUUCGAUGCUAGCAUGCAAAAGGACGGCAUCUGUUACUCUCUCCUUGUUUCCAGCGAUGACAAAAUCCGCAAUGCUAAGUUUUACUGGGAACUUGAAGAUAAACUAUUAGGAGAACUUCCACCGCAGUGUCGUGUAUCUCCUAUGUGCUCAUUCCUGCCUGAAGUCAAGGACUCACUCAUAAGGGGCUAUUUUUUUAAAGGUGCUCCCUCUGUGACGGAAAGACUUUUACGACAUUUUCUGCAGCGUGACGACCCUGUGUUGGUGUGCUCCUACACGUCAGAUGAGGAGAAAGAAGAUGACCCACUAUGGACUCAGCAUCUUUGGACGCACGCACAGAAUCACUAUAUUAUGCCAGCAGAACCUCCCCAGUACUCCCCUGCAACGCUCAACAUAGUUAAUUCGGAUGUUUUCUACAGUGUCAAUGAGGCAUGUGAUGUUUUAAAGAAGUGUGCUGACAUCAUCCCAGAGGCCACAUCUGUACUGGAACUGCUGUCCAGAAGUGCCGGUGGUGGCGUGGAGGCCAGAAGCAAACCUGAUGUCCCUGUUAUUGUCUUAGAAGGCCUGGAUGCCACAGGCAAAACCACGUUGACUGCGUCUCUCAGGGAUGCACUGGAAGCCACUCUUCUGCAAUCCCCUCCUCAGUGCCUCUCCCCCUGGAGGGGUCGCUUUGAUCAAGAGCCCCCCAUCAUACGCAGGGCCUUCUACGCUGUGGGCAACUACAUCACAGCGCAACAAAUAGCCCACCAAGCCUCCAAGAAACCUGUCAUUGUUGACAGGUUCUGGCACAGCACGGCUGCUUACGCCAUCGCAACAGCAGUGAGUGGUUCAAUGUGUGACCUCCCGGCAGAGGGCUCCGAGCUGUACCGCUGGCCAAGUGACCUUCUCCAACCGAGUCUGGUUAUCCUACUCACCCUGGACCCUGAGGAGAGAAAGAGGAGGCUGAGGGAUAGAGGUCAAGGAAAGACUAAAGAGGAGCAUGAGCUUGAUCAAAACCAACACUUCAGACUCAGAGUGGAGGAGGCUUACAGACGAAUCAGUGGACCAACUUGCAUCAGCGUGGAUGCUAGCUCCUCUGCCGAGCAAGUGCUCCAACAAGUGCUGCUUUUAAUUAAGGCCAAAUGCCACUUGUAAACAACUCUCUUGUCUGUGAUAGGCCUCUAGCAAUAAGUGGAUGCAGUAUAGCUUCUGACCACUGGGUGCCAGUAAAGUGAUGUGAAUAAGAAGUAUGGUGGUCAAAAAGGAAUGAAGCUUCCAAAGGGGUAAGAGGGGUCAGUCUUCCAAUUACAGAUGCAUAUUCAUGCACACACACACACACACACAAUAUUCCUCAGAAGAAGAGUACAUUUAACUACUGUCAUGAGUGUUCCAAAAUCACACUUUGAGUAUCUGUCAGGCAGCCUCUUGUGCACAGGACAGCACUGAGGACAAGGACUAAUGUAGUAUCUAAGCACUAAUCACUUACAUACACAGCAGAGUUAUAAAGUGUAACUUCAAUUCAAUAAUUUAAAUGUUACUUUUCACUCUAAGAACACUCCGUCUGAGUUGAAUGCAAAUAAAAGUAAAUCUGGUGUUUUUAUCUCACUGGCCAAUCCAAGAUCUGUGCUGUAACUACAGUGUAUACACAGAGUUAACAUAUUCACAAUUAAAGUGCUGGCUUGUUCUGCUUUAAAAGUAUAACACACAACUCUGGACAAUUUCAUUCUUUUUCUUAACUGAAUCACUUGGCAAUAUUGCGGCUGAAUGGCAGUCGAGUGGUUAGUGCGCAGAUCUCACAGCUAAGAGACCUCUGAGUUCAAUUCCAGCCUCAGCCAUCUCUGUGUGGAGUUUGCUUGCGUGGGUUUUCUCCGGGUACUCCGGUUUUCUCCCACAUUCCAAAAAAACAUGCUAGGUUAAUUGGCGACUCCAAAUUGUCCAUAGGUAUGAAUGUGAGUGUGAAUGGUUGUUUGUCUAUAUGUGCCCUGUCAUUGGCUGGCGACCAGUCCAGGGUGUACCCCGCCUCUCGCCCGGAGACAGCUGGGAUAGGCUCCAGCACCCCCGCGACCCUGGUGAGGAUAAGCGGUAAAAAAUGAAUGAAUGAAUGAAUGGCAAUAUUGCUUGCGGGAAUGCUUCAAAUCUAUUAGUUUAUGGCAGGGGUGUCCAAAGUGGUGCAUGGGUGCCAUUUUUGGCCCUCUGCUUGUUUUUAAUUGUCCCAUGGCACAUUGUAGAAAUAAACCUAGAAAACAGCAAAAAUUGGAAAAUUAGAACAACAAGGCACAAUGUCCAGAGAAAAUGCUGGAAUGUCUACAACUAAUAACUAAUAAUGACACAAAAAAGGGCUGCACGGUGGAGGUUAGCGCGCUGGCCACACAGCGCAGGAGACCUGUGUUCGAUUCCACCCUCGGGCAUCUCUGUGUGGAGUUUGCAUGUUCC